AUGAUUGGCUCCUCAUCACCAUCUACAACUGUCAGCCUGGCGGACAACGUCUCCAGAACUACAAGCCGUCGAAAGACUCGUGACAGCUGCGAUGCCUGCGCCAAGUCCAAGGUGCGCUGUGGAAAACAGCAUCCUAGAUGUGAUCGCUGCGUGGCGAGGAAGCAAGCUUGCAAUUACGGGAUCGUUCGACCAAAGGGACGACCACGACUCUCUCAUCGCUCACCUAGCCUCCCUGCUGUGAAAUCUCAACCCUGCUCGCCAGACCCGUGUAUUGAUCUGGACCUGCUCUCUACGUCUUACGAUCCCGAAUCAACAGCAGGCAGUCAUAUCUACUGCUCGCCAGAAACCAAAAUCACAUCUACAACAAGUCAUUCAUCCUGUGAUAUCCAAAACCUAGGUGACUGGAAAUUCCUGGAUCACGAGCUCAACCUCCCAUUUGACAUAACCACACCUCAGUCGACCUUCACUUCAGAAACUCUGCAGUCAGACAACCAGAUGGACUCAGUACUAAGUCCCACCUUAUCUUUACUACACUCCUCACGCGCAUCUUCCCCUUGCUCAAGCGACACCACUUGGCACGUCUCCACUUGUCUCCCAAUGAUCGUGGAGACACUGGGAAGACUUGAUUAUCCGCUUGAGUAUUAUAUCCGGCAAGUGGAUGUGUCUCAAUUGCUCAGCCUUGAUACCGUCCUACGACUCAAUGAAGACGCUAUGAGCAACUUUUCUGCGGUGCUAGAGUGCCAUUGCCGCGUCGCAUCUCUUUUCGCCCCGUCGAUCGCCGAAGCAAUAACUAAGAUCCUCACUUGUUCUCAUUCAAGUUGCACAUUCGUGGAUUUCCCUCCAAUCAAGAUCGGAGAGUUCGAACUGAGCAAGAGUGAUUCUAAACGGAUGGUGAUCCAGGUAGUAAUGACUGGAUUGAACAAAGUACAAGCGCUGGUGCAAAUAUUCGCUUGCCGUUACUGUCGCCACGAUGACCUCGCAAAUGACAAUUCAAUGUCGGUCUGUCUCGCCUUAGAGGCACGAUUGCGAGGGGAAUUGAAUGAUAUCAGAAACUAUGCGGUGUUGGCAAUGGCUGGUUAG